CGUCGACCUCCGGUUCCAUGCCUGGCUGGCUGAUCGAUCAAUCAGGAAUGAGAACACGGCCGAGUCCAGGUGUUGCUGGCUGCCAGCAGAAGCCUCACGACGUUGACAGCACCUCCGCUCCUGUGGCAGGCCCACCAUGCGUGAGGCGUCGUGCCUUGUGCCACCACCAGCUUUGCCUGUCAAUCCACCUGCCAGCAGACCAUCACCUCCAACACUCAACCUACCUCUGCUCCCUCGCGAUACCUCUUCGCUCAUAUUCACCCCAGCUGUCCGCCCCCCGGAGCUUCAUCUUUCGCACAACCGUCCAUCGCCCUGUCAUCGCUCUCUCCACCACCCGCCCUGUCGGUAAAGUUCCUACCCCAGUGCGUUUAUAAUCAAGAGACAUCGCCGCCUCCGCCGCGCGUUCUGUGGCUGCCUCGUGGUCCGAAUCGUUCGACAACCUUCUUUGCACGUCCCCACCCCGUCCGCCACCAACGGCCUCGUUAUCUUGCCUCACGUCUGCAGCUUUGACUAUGAAGUCGAUAUUGUUGUAGCAGCUCCCAGACAUUUAAAAGCCCACCACGUACGCCCGCACGCACCCUGGUGCUCCCCACCUUUAUCUUCUUUCCGCUUCGUUACCACAACCGAACGCUGCUCGCUGCCAUCUUUAUUCCACUUCUGCUGCCGAAGAGAUCUUGAGCUACCUCUUCGUGACACGACACCCUACUCGAAUCAGAACCCUUUGCAUACAGGUACCUGCAGGUCUUCUCCUGCACACAGUCGACCAAUGCCGCGCAUCACUAUAUCGAUCAACGCUUCGGGCGAGCCCAACGACCAGGACCUUCUCACACUGGACCUCCCGCCUGGUCUUACCAUCGCCGAUUUGAAGGGCAUGAUCGAGGCAGAGACAAAAUUUCCAGCCAACAUACAAACACUGUUCUUCAACGGCCAGGCCCUACGCAGCGACACCCAGACGCUCGAGCAGGCGGACAUCAAGGAUGGCGAGAUGCUCGCCGUCAUGGUGCGGCGGCCGGACACAACCGGAAACGGCCGUUUCGGUGGCGGUAGCGCUCGCGGCACAUAUAACGGAGGCGCAGGACAGGCGCGACGGCCCGUAGCACCGCCCGAAGCAGACACACCUGCGCGCAUCGAGCAACUGAGACAGGAUAUCUUGGCGAACCCACCACAGCUUGCCGGUCUCAUCGAGCAGAGUCCCCAGCUGGCGGAGGCAGUGCAUGAUUCAAACCGCUUCUUGCAGGUAUGGAUGCGUAUGCUCGAGGAGCGAAAUCGCUUGCAGCGCGAGCGCGAGGAGGAAAUGAAAAUGCUCAACGAAGAUCCGUUCAACGUAGACGCUCAGAAGAAGAUAGCGGAGAUGAUCCGCAGGGAAAAGAUUGAAGCAAAUCUACAAUACGCGAUCGAGAACAACCCAGAGGUCUUCGGCCGCGUGUCCAUGCUCUACGUCGAUGUCGUCGUGAACAACGUUCCAAUCAAAGCCUUUGUUGACUCCGGCGCUCAGACCACAAUCAUGUCACCCUCAUGUGCCGAGUCCUGUGGUCUGUCCUACUUGAUUGACGAGCGCUUUGGCGGAAUUGCCCGCGGCGUUGGUACAGCCCGUAUCUUGGGCCGCGUACAUCAGGCCAAGAUCCAGAUCGGUGAUGCGGAACUAGACUGCGCCUUUACCGUCAUGGAAGGCAAGGAUGUGGAUCUGCUAUUCGGACUGGACAUGCUGAGGCGGCACCAGGCAUGCAUUGACCUGCUAAAAGGGGAGCUGAGAUUCCCGCAUACAAGCGUCAAGUUUCUUCCGGAGAGUGAGAUCCCGAAGAAGUUCGAGGAGACCAUGAUGGACGAGCCGACGGUUCCUGCACCAAACGGUAUGGAAGUCGGUGCAAACACGGGCAGCGUCCGGCCCGCUGGAUCAUCUGCCGCGGCAGCAAAUCAUCUACACGGUGGCCGCUAUGCGAGCAGCAGCACAAAUGCAGCUGGGAAGCAAGCCGAAAGUCAGAGCAGCUUAUCAGAAGCAACGGGGCUCUCAACCGCGGACAACAGUGCAUCAAGUUCCGGCGCCCCAGCUUCUCGGCCGCAGGCACCCACUCCCGCAAGCGCGACAAAAUGGCCAGAGGCGUCGAUACAACAACUCAUUGGGCUAGGAUUUGACCGCCAGAGGGCGAUCGCCGCGCUGGACGCUACGGAUGGAAAUCUGGACUAUGCUGCUAGCAUGCUCUUCCAAUAGUGGCGAAACAGGAACACUUCCCCUUCACUCAUACACACACACGCGCGCACACACUCUCCCCUCCAAGCUUAGAGAGCGACGCAAAUAGAAACGGACGGAUAGGCAUUUCUUUUCUAACCUUCGAUUCCUAGCGUUCAUAGCCUGAUGACGAAAUGACGUACGAGUAUCACCUCCUAGCGAGGGCCUCGGAUAUCAUGAAUUGCAUUGCAACAGAAACAUGUGGGAGCAUUCAUCGUCACCCAUCGCUUGUGCUGAUGAAUGGCAAACGCAUAGUCUGGCUUUAAGAAAUGAUGGGUAACAGACACAUACACGAGCUAUAUAAAUGGCCCUUUUGACAUGGAUCGUGCGCUGUGAGAUGAAUGCGAAUAAGCGAGCUGAGAGCAUCAUACACAGAUAGACUUUUGAUACAUGAGAAACUUCUUGCUGUGUGGUAUUGUUGUGUGUCUAUCAACGUUAGAAGCCUUUCGUGGUGACUUGCUUCACCGUGUUUGUAGCUGCAUCCUGCCAAAUCCAUUUCUGGCGCUCAUUGUCGCUCGUGUGAUCCUUCAACUCUUCAUGGUGGCGGGGUUCAAAGCGGG